CAUCCAAUAUUGUCCUGUUUCGCACACGGGAAGCUGUAGAAGUCUGCAAGUGCACAUAAUGGCUUCAUUCGGCUGGAAGAGGAAAGCUGGUGAGAAGGUUUUGAAGGCAGUGGUGCAGCAGUUCGAGGCCGAGGCGGAGAAGACGGAGGCUGCUGCUGGACCGAGUCAGGAGGACCAGGUGGACUGGCUGCUCGCCAUCAAACGGCGGAGAGAGAUCCUGCUGGAGGACUGUGCAGCCAAGAGCCAGAGGCUGAAGGAUGAUGGGGCAGUGCUGGCUGAGCAUGGCAGGCACUGGGAGGCCAUUAAGAAGUUGGACGAGGCCAUCCAGCUGACUCCAGACAACGCACUACUGUAUGAGAUGAAGUCUCAGAUACUGACCAUUUUACAGGAAGUCUUUCCCGCGGUGAAGGCAGCGGAGAUGGCGGUGAAGUUCCGCCCCCUUUGGUGGGAGGGCUGGCAGACUCUGGGCCGUGCCCAGCUCAACCUGGGAGAGGUGGACCUGGCGGUGAGGUCCUUCCAGGUUGCGAUCCACCUGUGCCCAUCCGAGCGCACCCUGUGGCAGGAAGACCUGGAGUGGGCCUGGAGGUUACAGAAGCAGCAUUUGGCGACCAAGGAGAAGACUCGGCAAGAGGAGGAGGCCAAAGAACAGAUCCUGAAUGCCCCUGAGCUUCAGCAGGACUACGACUUUGAGUCCGAUGAAGUGCUCGCCGCCUGCGUGGCGGUCGCAGAGAGACAGACGCGCUACGAGGAGCUGAAGAGGACCGCCGUGGUCAUAGACGCUGAGGGGAAUAUAAAAAAUGUACUCGCUGGGGAGGAAGGAUCAGAGGAUGCAGUGACGCCAUCACAAGAACAGUUUGUCAAAGUAAGAGGACUUUGAAGUGGUUUCAGGAUGAGUUGAUUGUCCUCUUUACAUUUUUUUCCAGACUGAAUGGUGUGAUUUCUGAACCCACAGUGAGUGAGUGUGUGUGUGAACUUAUAGCAAGAGGAAACCUUUACCGAAGCAAACAUGAGAACUGACUAAUUCUGGUGAAGGUUUAAAUCGAUGGAAUAAAAAGACAGUUGAGUUGUUUUACAUUUUCCAUCCCUUUAAUGUUAAUUGUGUAAAACGUGAAUGUAAAGUUUUUACAUGUUUUGAAACUCUAACUUUAGCAUCUCCUAGUUCUGUGUUUCACCUGAUGGCACAAUAACAUUUUUAGCUAGUAGCUAAUGUACUCAUUAACAUUAGAAAACUAGACUUCCACUUGAUAGAGUCCAUAGGUUUGAGUUAAAAUAAAAACUGGAUUUCAAACAGUGCACUUUUCAUUUGGGAUUAUGCAUAAAAUUACAAUAAAAAAAAAAGGAAAACAUAAGCUCGAAACACACAUUAUACUAUAGACUAAGCAGUGAAACAUGUUGAUGAGGAAACACAAUCAAAGAUUUGUGUUAAUGCCGUUUGCUUCUAUAGCUCAUACCAUUGAUUUAUCUUUCAGAAUGUAUUAUCCCCCAUGAUUAAAUCACAUGACUGUGAUGAUUAAACAGAAUCAAAUAGUUCCCAGUCUUAACUAGAAAAUCCAGAUCAUGGACUCAUCCACCCUGAUUAGAUGAAUGUUAAUGACCUGUGAGGUUUCAAUGUGUGUGUUUUGUGAAACUUGUUUUUCCUGAUAAAGAGCGUGCAUGCUCAGCAAAUUGUCAAUGAGUGAAUAAACAUGAAUCAAAAUAUGUAUUAGUUCCCUGUUUGUUCCCUGUUUGUUUUCUUUGGGGACAUUUUGAGUCCACUGGAUAUCUUCUACUUUUAUGGUUUCUGGGUUAUGAGUUGCAAGAUUUUGACCAACUUGUUCCAAAGUUGAACCAAAUGUUACAAUUAUAAUGAUUAGUGUGUGAGAAAGUAACCAGUCUAUGGUUGCGCUUGAAUAGUUUUUUAUCUAAGUGGCUGCCGUGAUAAGAGCGGGUAGAAUUCUCUAAAUGCUAAGGAAAGGUGCUUUUCUUACCUUCUUUGGUAUAGGGCAUGUUGGACCACCAUCGAGCAGCAAUAUUUAAAGUGAAUCACCAUUCAGCCGUUUAUAACAUCUGCCGUUGCUGUUUAUUAUUACACUGGAUAAAUUAAGAACAUUCUCCUUGGGACGUAC